AUGGCACAUUCAGACGCGCCCACGGAGCUAGAAAUAGAGAUUGCGCUACUAGGCUGUCUGGGCGAAGCAAGACCCCUUGGCCGGCAUAAGCAUUUCCUCAUCAUACGUCUACAGGGUGCUAUACACAGGCGCCUCGGAAUAUGGCUCACUGUGGAUUCGCUGUGGGAAAGACUGGACGAACUGUAUGACUUGGAAGGCCUGGACGAGCUGGCAUCCGAGGGGUCAAAUUCACUACCUCCAUCUCCAAUAGGUCUUUCGCCUCGUGAACCCUCGCCACCCCGAUUCUCUUCCAACUCUCCCCUCUCCGAUAUCUCUUCUCCAUCACACCCUGCACCUCAGGGCAAGAACAGAAAAGUUCCAAUUUCCAAAUCCGCCCGAGUGCUCAACUCUCGCCAUUUCAAGCACGUUUUCGACCUGCCAUACUUUCGGAUAAAACAAAUACAUGAAAGCGAAGAAGAGGCAACGGACGAGGAGGAAGAAGAGAAAGAUGGUGAGGCAGAUGACAAAGAAGACGAUAGCGAGGAAGAGUCUGAUGAUGGGGUUUUUGAGUUUGAGCUUGAUGGGCAGGAUGAGAUGGCUUGGGAAGGGAUCAUAUAUCCGAGAGCUAUCGCUCCUGAUGGGACGGAUGAGCCGUGGGGCGGGAUAAUUCCGGACGAGGAUGUGAGCUCCCCUUCUGAAGAUGGGGAAGAGGAUGCCGGGAGGAAAGGAGUCAGUCGGUCGCGGACGACGGGGCCAACAAAACGAAGAAGAGGUAGUACAGUAUCAAUAGCGGAAGGAAAGAAGAGAAAGGAUAGGGACUCGCUUGCGAUAGAGGAAGACGAGGAGGAGGAGGAGGAGGAACUCGAGAGGCCGUCGAGAGAACGGGGCAAGACAGCGGAAAAGGGAAGAUCUAAAAGGAGAAGAUGA